AUGACUAAAUGUAAAUGUCUCGUUUGUUUAAUUUGUCCCCCUUUCUGUCUCUCUUUCUCUUCAGCCAAGACAGAUGACAUACUGAAAGCCAAGGAGAAGAGAGUGGAGGAGGCCAGGAAGAAGAAGGAGGAAGAGGGGACGUCUCUGGCAGAACAAGUGAGAAGGAUAAAGGACAUUGAGGCCAUCGAGAGUGAUUCCUUUGUUCCUCAGGCUUUCAAAUCAUCCCGAGAUGGUUUAAAGGCUGAGCCCGUGGAGGAGCAGCAGGAGCCAGAGUCAGAGCUCCAGGAGGAGGAGGCGGCCUGUCUCCCUACAGCCAUCCUCUACAACGACACCCACACCCUGGCCCACCCCGCCUUGUUUGUGGAAAAGGAGAAGGCUGAGGAGAUGUGGCUUGCUAGGCUGGUGUCUAUGCGACAGGAGAGGCUCAUGGGAAGUCCUGUUCCGUGAGAAGAUCCAUCCUGGUCCUGGCCCUGGUCCAUUUUUCCAUGUCUAGCAAUGGUCUAGUUUAGUUUGAAAUAUCAGAUCUGCUGUGUUGAGGUUGUGGGGGUGGGGUAUGUUUUUGUCUUUUGAAACUGUUUUAUGACUUUUCCUUUGAUUUGUAAUAAACUUCAACAAAUGGGA